GUUGUGUCUAUUUAUAGCAUUUCGAAGUUAUAUUUUAUUGUUCCCUCAUCUGGAAUUACAAAUUAGUACUCAAAGAGAUUUCAUUUAACAUUUGCUCCUUCUCUAUUCAUUUACGUUCUUUGAUAAUACUUGUAAUCUUAAUGCAUUAGCGCAAAUAAAUUCUAUUCCCAGAUUAUGAGCAAAUAAACACAGCUUAACAAUAGACGCCAGAGCAGAGAACGUAUACGCAGAGAUACAUUUAUAACGCCGUCAAAUUUAGGGUUGGCGACUGUACGUUUUGUGGAAUAAUAAACAAAACCAGCUGAUCAAGAAGUUGUUUGGAAAACGUAUUUUUUCAAUAUAUAUAUUUUUAAACAAUUUUUAUUGUAAAGCAACAAAAUAUGUCCCUGGGCUAUACGUUUCUUGGCUGCGCACUAUUAGUAAAUAUCGACAACAAAGAAAUACUUUAUGAAAUUCUUAACUACUCGGUUGAUGUGCUGCUCGGCAAUAGCGAUGAACAUCAAAUGGAAAAACAUUGCCACAAAUAUGGAUUUCAGAAUGUUUACGAUUUUAUGUUGAUGACACGAAAAAUUGCACGCGCGUAUAAAUCUCAUUAUGAAAAUGAGAAUUCCACAGAGGCAGAAUUGCUUUAUGAAUUUAGCAAUUUAAGUCCUGAAUUUCAAAAAUUGGUACCAACCGUGUAUGAAGCGCGUAAAUCGGAAAUUGAAAAAUAUAUGCUACAACUAAAUAAUGCUCAAGAAAAUCCUUUAGUACUGUCUUUCGACUACGAUGCUCGUGUAGUGCUUGGCGAUAGCAGUUUCGCUCAAAACUUUCGAGAACUAACAAGAAUAUAUUUUAAUUGUUGCGAUGGAAAUGGAAAACAUAGUAAGCUUCAUUUCGAAAUGGAUUUAAAUAAGCUAAACGAAUUUAUUGCUGCUUUAGAAGCAGCAGUGGAUAAAGGCGACAAAAAGCAUAUGUAAAACUAAACAACAUACUUGUGCCAAUCCUUUUCUAUCCAUAUUCUUUUGCGGUUGAAAGGUUAUACGUAAAUACAGCUCUAAAAAUUUGUUACCACAUUGUUGAAAAAAUCUACGAUUUUAAACACCGUUUAUUAUAUUCACUUCUAUUAAAAUGUACAUUGCAAAAUAUUUGCGUGAUAUAAAUACAAUGGAUUUAUACGAGUAUA